AUGCUGGGCUCGUUGAGGGCAGCGACGACGAUGCCGCGUUCGCGGAUUACCGCAGGUUCGUCAUCUAAGACGUCGGCUGCCAUCCUGCGUGCAGCCGCGUUUUCGACGACAACGGCGCGCCGCCAGGCCACGCCGGCGCCAGAGCCACCAAAGAUGGUUAAGUUGACCGUGGACGGCAAGGAGGUGGAAGUCGAACAAGGAACAGCUUUAAUUCAGGCCUGUGAAAAGGCUGGAGCUACCAUCCCACGCUUCUGUUACCACGAGCGCCUCAACGUGGCGGGUAACUGCCGUAUGUGUUUGGUUGAGAGCAAGGGUGCGCCUAAGCCGCUUGCAUCGUGCGCAUUCCCUGCUAUGCCUGGACAGCAGAUCUUCACUGACUCGCCUGUUGUAGCCAAGGCCCGCGAGGGUGUCAUGGAGUUUUUGCUCAUGAACCACCCGCUUGACUGCCCUAUUUGCGACUGGGGUGGUGAGUGUGACUUGCAGGACCAAUCGAUGCGCUACGGUAAAGAUCGUUCGCGUUUCCAUGAGACGACUGGAAAGCGUGCAGUGGAAGACAAGUACCUCGGUCCGCUUGUCAAGACCGUGAUGACCCGUUGCAUUCAAUGCACUCGCUGUGUGCGUUACGCCCACGAAGUCGCUGGUGUGCAGGAUAUGGGUACGACGGGCCGUGGUAACCAAAUGCAGAUCGGCAUGUAUGUCGAAAAGAUGUUCGAUUCAGAAAUGUCUGGAAACAUGGUCGACCUUUGCCCCGUCGGUGCGCUGACGUCGCGUCCGAAUGCGUUCCAGGCCCGCCCAUGGGAACUGAAGAAAAUCGAGUCGGUGGAUGUGCUGGACGCUGUUGGCUGCAACAUCCGUGUGGACGCCCGCGAGCUGCAGGUAAUGCGUGUGCUGCCUCGCACAAAUGACGACGUGAACGAAGAGUGGAUUAACGACAAAACGCGCUACGCUUGCGAUGGUCUUAAGUACCAGCGCCUGACCGUGCCUUUGAUCCGCCAGGGCGAUCGCUUUGUACCUGCUUCUUGGCCAGAGGCUCUGGAGGCUGUGGCUGAUGGUCUUAAGCAGAGUGGCGCUAAGGGCGAUGAGAUUCAGGGUGUGGCCGGCGCACUGGCUGAUGCCGAAUCGAUGACGGUGCUCCGUGAUUUGGUCCAUCGCCUGGGCUCAGAAAACCUCGUAACGGAUGAGCCUGUGGGCGAUAGGGCCCCUGUCCAUGGCGUGGACAUUCGUUCGAACUUUGCUUUCAACACGGGCAUUGCCGGCCUGGAUGAGGCUGACUUUGUGAUCCUCAUUGGAACGAACCCUCGCCACGAGGCUUCGAUCAUCAAUACACGUCUGCGUAAGGGCUAUCUGCACAACGGUUUGGACUUGGCCCUGAUCGGUGAGAAGGUCGACCUGACAUAUGACUACGACCACCUUGGCACGGACGCCAAGGCCGUCGAGGAGCUAGCGGCCGGCAAGGGCUCGGGUGCUGAGCGUCUGAAGCUUGCCAAGAAACCCUUGGUGAUUGUGGGCAGCGGUGUAGCAGACCACCCUGAUGGUGCUGCCAUACUUAAGAACGUGUCCAAGCUGAUUCUGAACAACAAGGACAAGUUCCUUACGUCUGAGUGGAACGGCUUCAACUUCAUGCACCGCGCUGCCUCGCGUAUGGCUGCGCGUGAGAUGGGCUACCAGGGCAGCAGCUCGCGCACGUCAACCAAGCCGAAGUUCAUGUACUUGCUGAACGCAGAUGACAUCUCUGCGACUAAGAUCCCCCAGGAUGCAUUUGUGGUGUACCAGGGCCAUCACGGUGAUGUCGGCGCGCAAUUCGCCGACGUUUGUCUACCCGGCCUUGCCUACACAGAAAAGAGCGUCACAUAUAUGAAUACCGAAGGCCGUACGCAAUUGACGCGCACCGCUGUGUCUGGCGCCGGUGCUGCGCGUGAUGACUGGAAGAUAUUGCGUGCACUCUCUGAAGUGGUGGGCUCGACGUUGCCAUAUGACGAUGUCACGGCUGUGCGCGACCGUAUGCACGAAAUCUCGCCCGCGCUUGUACGCUACGACGCAUGUGAACCCACUAGUGUUGAAGUGGCGACGGUGGGUCUUGAACAGCUUGCCUCAUCGCAGGCCAAGGCAUCUGGUGCCCCGCUGCAUCUGCCUAUUGAUAACUUCUACCAGACGGACCCAGUGUCGCGUGCUUCGCCUACGAUGGCCAAGUGUGUCCAGGCUUUUGUCCUAAAGACGCCUUCGUUCCAGGAAAAGUGGUCUACGGCUCCAUCGGCCUCGCCAUAA